AUGCCGCUGACCGCUUCACAAUCCCGCUGUUCGCCGCUGUUUGACGAACACCUAUCACAACGGAAUGAAUGUUGCCAACCGAAAAGUCGCGGAAGUCAAUACGCAAUUGUCACUGGCGAUACAACCGGUAUGGUGAAAUUUUUCGACACAAAUUUUAUGCUACUCUACUGGUAUCAUAAUUUGAACGCCGGACCUAUUGUGUCUGUCACUUUUGCCAGUCGGGGAAUUCUGGACAACACAUCUCUGCUCCUCGAAUCCACUGACUAUCCGCAAUGUGCGACCAUCAAUGCGGAGCGCUUUGUGGUCGAAGAUUUUGUGGUAACCACGGCCUGGGCGAAGAUGAUCAAAGUCACUGUGGAUGGAGACAGUAUCCAAGUAGUAAUUGUCAGAAAUUUGUUACAAGCUGAUGUUAGUCGUCCCCAUUUGGUCAUUUGCAGCCUGACCGGAUUGCUGAAGGUGUACGAUUACGAAACCCGGCAACUAAUUGCCGUUCGAGAUUUCGGAAGCAAUGAUGGCAUUCAGACAUGCAAAUAUGGACCACUUGGAAAAUAUUUGGCUGUCGGAUUUGCCAGCGGUUACGUCCGCAUAGUGGAUGCGAUCACUUUGGAAGACGUCACCGAGGAACCAUUUACCUACGGGCGAGGACCAAUCACGCAUGUAGAUUUCUCACCGAAAGGCGAAUUUUGCGCGUACGCAGACUCCGCCUACACGACCACACUGUUGCGCUCGUCGAACAAAGAUGGCGAACAACCUUGGCUAUAUGUCGGGCGCAUUCGUGUGCACUAUCGACCAAUCACGGAUAUGAUGUUCUGGAUCAGCCGUGGCUGUAAAACGUGUCGACUGUUCACGAUUAGUGAGGAUCGGACGCUGGCGGAAUACGAUCUUUAUAAUGCGAGUUUGCACAAUCUUCCACUGUUAUCGCGGUUCCGUAUUGAACAACUGGCCACUCCGAGAUGCUUUUGUCGUUUGCCAUUAUACUACAAAGAAGAUUUUCUGUUCGUGGCCACUUCGGCUCCGAAACUGAAAUUACUCAAUGCCACCUCGUUUAUGUGUCGCAAAGUUGUUAUGGCUCAUCCGGAAGAGAUUGAGUAUCACAAGUGA